AUCAGAUAGAAAUGAAGACGAGGACAGCGAUCAAGGCCCAGGCCUUAGCCGAUUUCAUGGUAUAAUGCACGGCGCGAGACAACAAUCCCACGCCCAUGGCCGAGCAGGGCGAGUGGUGGACUUUGUCCACUGAUGGAUCAGCAGCUGCAAAAGCUUGCGGUGGGGGCGUAGUAAUCCUAUCACUUGAAGGAUUCCGCUCCUAUCACGCAAUAAAAUUCCAGUUCAAGGUUUCCAACAAUGAAGCGGAGUACGAAGCAUUGCUGAGCGGCCUAAGGAUCAUCCUCAACCUGAAGGCCGAGUAUGUCAGGAUCAGGUGCGAUUCGCGCCUGGUCGUCAGUCAGAUCAAAGGUGAGUUUAACACAAAGGAAAAGCGGAUGCACCUAUACAAGGAGGCAGCCCUGGAAUUGCAUAAAACCCUCAAAGGAUAUGAGUUGGUGCAAAUUCCCAGGGCAGAGAACACCAAGGCCGACGUCCUCUCCAAGCUAAGCAACGACAGUCCUGAGCACAUCUCCAAGUUGGCUCACGUGGAGGACCUGGGAUCUCCAAGUAUCCAUGUGCAGCUCAUAUCUGUUGUCACUGAAGAAACCAGCGGCUGGAUCGCAGAGUUGAUCCGAUACAAGCAGGAUGGGAUCCUUCCCAACGGCGAGACGGCGGCCCGUUUAAUCAAACAUAGGGAGCCGACGUAUGUCAUUGAGAACGGCCGACUGUACAAGAGGUCAUACAACGGCACACUGUUGAGAUGCAUUGACGAAGCCGUAGCAGGGCAGAUCAUGGAAGAAGUCCACGAGGGAAUAUGCGCAACACACCAAGGUCCUUUCUCCAUGGCUAGACGCAUAGUCCUGCAGGGAUACUUCUGGCCGACCAUGGUGAAGGACUGUGCAAGACGCGCUAAGCGUUGCAAAGUGUGCCAAGUGGAUGGGAUCAAGUGGAGAACGCCAAUCGGACGAUUAUGGAUGGGAUCAAGAAGAGACUCGAGCCCCACAAAGGAGCAUGGGUCGACCAACUCCCCAACCCGUGCCGUGGAUGUAGCGCAAGACCCUCUUCAUAGCUGUGAGAUGAGAGCUGCGGGGGGCAUGGAGAUGAAGACAGAGCUGCUGUACAACAUAGGUGAGAUCGGGCCGGGUGAACGUCAGAUACUGCAAGGCUCCAACAAUGGAUCUGUAGAUGGUGGGAUCCGGAAGGGGUGUGAACUUGACUUGAAGCUUGAAAUCUGCAUUUCUUUAAAUCUGAUUUUUUAUCUCGUCAAUACUAAAAGACUUGGUCUUAGUCAUGUUUUGCAGUUUUUAGGUCCAUCGAGCACUUUAAGGAGGGAAAAGUGAUGAGUUGGUGCUGCGUAUACUUUGUUUUUUAGUUGCAUUUCCCUUUCCCCUUCUCUCUUUGCUAAGUUAGUGCUUGCUUAAUAUUGUCGUUUGCAUAUCAUAUAGAUGCAUCGAGGACUAUGCACAUUUUAAGUGUGGGGGGAGUUUCUCACGAUUAUCUUAUUAUUUGGGAAAUCAUAUUUUGGGGCAAAUUUUUUCUUUUCAAAAUAGGUCUUGGGUCCAAAUAUUUUUCAUUCUUAAUUGCAUAUCUUCUUAUUUAGAUCAGAGCAUUGUUUUCAAAAUUGACCCAAAAACCUCAUCGUUUUUUCUUGAGCUUUAUUCUGAAAGUUGACAAAUGUUUCUUUUACAACCCCACCUUUGAGUCUUGAUGCCCAUUUUCUCAGUAAAUGACCUUUAAGUUUGAAUCCUUUUAGUAGUUUUUUAAUCAUUUUUUACAUUCUAUUAUUUUUAUUUUAUUUUUCCUAACCAAAAAAUUAUCAGAUAUCUUAUUGUUUGGAGAAAAAUAUAGCAAAAGGCCAAAACGGAGUUCAAGUUUGAAAAGAAGAGAUUGAAUUUGGCCCAAAGCCCAAAGCCAUCAACAAAUACAACCCAUCUCUGCUCCCUCAUUCUAAGUCAACGAAGAAAGGAAAAAAAUGCGCUCCAUCUCCUUCUUCUUCGAAGAGUAACGGCGACGACCAAGCCUCCAACGGCUCUUCUCCAACGUUCGCCAAAAUCAAUGCUCCAACGGAAGAAUUUGGCUCUCCAUUCUAUAAAUUGAAGCUUCACAA